UUUUAAGCUUCAGCUAGUUCCCCCAGCUUGGCAACCUCUCUAAAUUCUCCACCCCUCGCAUGGAGAUGGAUGCUAUGUCGCCCGUAUCCGACUUAGAGAGAGCAAACAGGGCGACCGUCGAAGGCCUCUACAAGGCCUUGGCCAACGGCGACACAAAAAAGGCCGCACGAGUCGUGGGAAAAGACCUCGAAUGGUGGUUCCACGGGCCACAAAAAUGCCACCACAUGAUGAAGGUCCUCACGGGAGAAUCACCCUACAAUGAGUUCAUCUUUGAUCCACGCAGCAUUAGCGUCAUUGACGAUCUCGUUGUGGUGGAAGGCUGGGAAGGCCCUAAGGUCUAUUGGGUGCAUGUGUGGACCGUGAAGAAUGGAACCAUUUCGCAGUUCAGGGAGUAUUUCAACACUUGGCUCACAAUCACAGAGUUGAGACCAUUGAGUUGGCUCUCUAGGCACCAUGGCUCCACAUUGUGGCAGAGCCAGCCUAGAGAUCUCUUCAAAAGAUCCUUGCCAGCACUUAUGCUUGCCAUGUGAACUCUAUGCUAUUUUUAAGAGAAUUCAUAUAUUGUAUACUGAUAAAUCUUCCCAUUUGAUUAAUAAACAUUUUCUU